CGCAAAGUCCAAUAAAUAUUCGGGAAAAUAAGAAUGUUUUUAGGUUUAUAGAGUUGAUUCUGUCGGGUGCACAGGCCCAAAAUGAGAAGCGACAAAUAUGUACUAAAAUACGGAGAAGCGAUAUACAUUUUAAAAUAUUAAACUUGUCUCAUUUCCAUAAAUUCUAUUUUGCAAACUUCAGUUUUAGCGAUGAUGCCUGGCUAGUUAGCGCGAUGGCUAUGCUAAGCUAGCUACGUAGCUAUUGUUGGGGAAGCUUGGCUGACUACGAGCGUUAACGUUACUCACUCGAAAAGGAUCAAAGUUCAUAUUCUCGAAUGCUAUUGCAUUUUUUUGUUGUUGACCUGGUGGUAUUCUGCGUACUGAAAGCGACACUAUGUAUCUAAGUGAUUAUGUGAUUAGUUAACUGAGGCAGUGGGUUAGCAAAUAGCUAUCUAUCAUUCAAAGUGUCCACAUUGUGAGAGAACAAUCCAUUUGAUUAUCGCUCACUUGAAAUGUCUGAUUUGACUUGUUUCAAUGCUGGCCUGAUCAUCAGAGGUCUCCUUGUUUACAACCACCAAAAAAACUACUGUCACUGAUCUAAAUGUUUACGUCGGCGUUAGCCAACGAGGAGCCAGUACCCUCCGUUGGGAGUACGAGCCCAGGAGGUUCAGCAGAGGACCAUGAGUUUGAUCUUUCAGCAGAUAUGCUCGUCCACGACUUUGACGACGAACGCACACUGGAAGAGGAGGAGAGGCUCGAGGGAGAGACUAACUUUAGCAAUGAGAUCGACGACCUUGCCCGGGAGGGAGAGAUGCCCAUUCAUGAGUUGUUGAGUAUGUACGGAUGUGGCGGCGGUUCCCCUGCAGAUGGAGAGGAUGAAGAAGAGGAGGAGGAAGACUUUGAGGAUGAAGAGGAGUUGGAGGAGGAGGAAGAGGAGGAAGAGGAGGAUGUGGACAAUGAUGAAAGCAGUAGAAACAUUGGCGAGCUGAAGAGGAAUAAGACCGAGAGGGUGAAGAUCUCGUCAGGAAUGGGGAAUGAGAACCAGUUGUCCAGUGAGGGUCGCACGCGCUCCGUCAAAUCCCACGGCACGGCAGAGCUGAUACGCGGAUCACAGACCCUCAAGUACUUCGAAAAUAAGGAUGCAGAGGAAGAGUCAGAAGAAGAUGAAAAUUAUGUCCCUUCUGAGGAUUGGAAAAAGGAAAUCAUGGUUGGGUCCAUGUAUCAGGCUGAAACACCGCCUGGCCUUUGUAAAUAUAAAGACUAUGAGAAAGUAUAUGAAAACGAUGACCAGCUUUUAUGGGACCCCGAGUUCCUUCCCGAGGGCAAGGUUGUGGAGUUUUUAUCUCAGGCGUCAAAACGAACAGGAGAGGAGAAAGGAGUGGAUGCCAUCCCUGAGGGAUCCCAUAUCAAAGACAAUGAGCAGGCACUUUAUGAGUUGGUCAGGUGUGAAUUUGACACAGAGGAAGCUUUACGAAGACUGAAGUUUAAUGUGAAGGCAGCUAGAGAUGAGCUGUCUGUGUGGACAGAAGACGAAUGUAGAUAUUUUGAGCAAGGACUAAAAGGUUAUGGGAAAGACUUUCAUUCAAUACAAGCCAACAAGGUGAGAACUAGGUCAGUAGGAGAAUGUGUGGCCUUUUAUUACAUGUGGAAGAAGUCUGAGCGUUAUGAUUUCUUUGCACAGCAAACCAGGCUGGGGAAAAGGAAAUACAACCUUCACCCUGGGGUCACGGACUACAUGGACCGGCUGCUGGACGAGACGGAGAGCGCCACGUCCAGCCGGGCGGCCUCGCCCCCUCCCACCACCUCCAACAGCAGCACCAGCCACUCUGAGAGGGAGGACGGCAGUAGCAGCCACAAUGGUUUAGUGAGUCACAACUUGGGCUCGGGAGAAGCUUCCCAGUCAUCCACGGUGGCGAGCGAAGUCAAAGCAGAAUCCGUCCAGUUCAACGGGCUCACCUCCCCCCACCCCUCUCUGGAUGUUCUCCCUCCUCCCACUGCCCCCCACCCCUCUCUGGAUGUUCUCCCUCCUCCCACUGCCCCCCACCCCUCUCUGGAUGUUCUCCCUCCUGCCCCCCACCCCUCUCUGGAGGCUCUCCCUCCUCCCACCACCUCGGACAAUGAGGCCAGGGGCUGCGAGGCAGUGGCCGCCACUCCCAGCCACGACAGGAACGGCUCCCUGGAGCCUCAUUGUGGCAACAGUCACUACGAUGACAGGCCGGCCAAGAGGUGCCGGAGAGAGGCGGAGCCACCAGAGCCCUCCAGAACAUUGACGACCCUCCAGCAAGAGGACAAAUGAUAAUGAUGACCCCUUCUCAGAGAGGUCAAAGCGCACAGAACCAAACCUAAAAAAAAUAACUUGGUUGUAUUCAUUAGUGCACACCGCAGCAAAACAUUUUGCAACAGAAAAAUAAAACUAGAUUUUCUUAUUGGACAAGUUCAGGUAGUCCAUCCCUGUUGGUCUGUUUGUUUUUCUCGUUUCGGGCCUAGUGAAUACGACCUAUUCCAACCAACCAAACACGGCUGGGCCACACCAGCAAACGGAGGGAAGGCAGCGGCCUGAUUGUAAAAGGGGCACAACAUACAGCCCUGCCUCAUCCCCCAUCCAGCAAAACCUCGUCCCCCAUCCAGCAUAACCUCCAACGCUCCACACAUCCAAAGUACCACAGUUCCUGAACCCCUCCCUUCCCCCUACCUGCUACCACCUCAUUAUAAUUCAUGCUGAUUCUUCUACUCAUUCUCCUUAUUCACUUUUUUGGAGACCGAUCUCGAAGAUUUCUACGGAAAGAAAAUGUUUUUUCCCCUGUUUGUAUUAGAAUUUUUAAAAUCUCCUGUGGUAUUUUUUUACUUGAAAAAUAUGUAUAUAUUUUUUCAAUAAAUGUACUAUGAUUGAUGGGUAUUUUGCUUUCCAAGCCAUUUGAAACAAAGAAAUGAAAGGGGCGAUGUUGAGGGUCUCUAGGUCUUCGACGGGACGAUCGAUAUGCAGGCAGAUUGGCGCUGUUGCAGGCACACUAAAGCCUCGUUUUUACCUGGCGCUAACAUACAUUCUUUAUUCUGAUCUUGUCCACAUUCAGAUUGUGGCCAGAUUUUCAGAUAUGCAUCUACACAUAGUAUUAAAAUGGGAUAAUGAUUUAAACGUUUUCACUGUCCAGAUCUGUCUACACUUUAAGAUAUUCAAACACAAUGGGUGCCUGACUCUCUCCGGAGGUGGUCAGGAAGAUCUGUUCACAAUCUGUCUUUUAAUCAUCUACAGCUGUCCAAAAAUGUUGGCACAAUCAGAAUGUGGACAAGAUCAGAGUAUACCACCCUGCAUCCCACUGCUGGCUUACCUCUGAAGCUAAGCAGUUUUGGUCCUGGUUGGGAGACCAGAUGCUGCUGGAAGUGGUGUUGGAGGGCACUCUUUCCUCUGGUCUAAAAUAUACCAACGCCCCAGGACAGUGAUUGGGGACAUUGCCCUGUGAAGGGUGCAGUCUUUCGGAUGGGACGUUAAAUAGGUGUCCUGUCUGUGGUCACUUAAGAUCCCAUGUCACUUAUUGUAAAAGUACGGUUGUCAACCAUGGUGUUCUGGCUAAAUUCCCAAUCAGACCCACAUACCAUCAUGGCCACCUAAUCACCCCCAGCUUCCAAUUGGCUCAUUCAUCCCCCUCCUCUCCCCUGUCACUAUUCCCCAGAUCGUUGCUGUAAAUGAGAAUGUGUUCAGUCAACUUACCUGGUAAAAUAAGGGUUAAAAUAAAAAUCUGGACAAAGGACUGAUUGUGAUCUGAGAACCAGGUAUAAACGGGGCUUCUGUUGCGCUUUCACCCUUUGUUUUCUUUCUUUGGUGAUCGAGUGGAGAGAAAGCAACACUGCUGCAUGACAUCAUUGCUUAUUUGAAACCUGUGGUGUGUUCAGUUCGAUUGAAGUUUGCUAUGUUGCGUAACGGUUUGUACUGAACGACACGUUUCCCCAAAAACAUUCCAAUGUUCUUUGAAUGGACUUUGAGGUACGUUUGCUCCGUUUGGUGGGUGUGGCUUGAAGCAAUGGGGGACAUAUUUAACGAGCAGCGGCCAUGCUGAUCCCCAACCUCUUGUUGUUUUUGAGCUGACCGUUCAGAACAGCACCGUUUCUGUUUAAUUGAAUGUUGCACUGUUUUUUUUUUUUUUUCGUACCGAACGUAGCCCUGACCAUGGAAACAUUUUAAUUGCAAGAAAUGAACUAAUGGGGAGUGUCUGUCCCUGAGGUUUGUGUAAAGUGUCUGACAUCAGUGAUGUCUUGUAUUAUAACUCAUUGGUUAGAACGCUGUAUUUUUAAUAGCCAGCGUUUUCCUAUUGUUUGGUUUCUCUUCUUUUUGCUAGACAGUACUUCUGUGACUUUGUGUAAAGUUUGUAAAGAUUUUCUUGUUCACUUCUUACACUUUUUGAUAAGUCUCUUUAAUCUGUGUAUUUUACCAUCUUUCUUGUGAGCUUUCGUUAAAGGAUUUAUUUCCUCUAGGUGUUCCCGAGUGGAGCUGUUCUAAAAGUUGUCUUAUUUCUCUGCAUUUCCCUGACCCAUUUGGAAAUGUAUUUGCAGCAAAAAUAUGUUUGAUUACUUGAUAAUGAUUCCAUCUAAAAAGAGAGACGCGGUGUAGUGACACUUUGGUCUUUUAGGUUGAAAACGCUUUUUUAUGGGAACUGGAGACGUUGUGGUACCAGUAACAUUUCUUGUCACCGGCGAGCUCUCAUUAUUAGGAAUGAAAGAACUGUAAGCUUCAAUGUGAAGAACCUUCAUUAGUUCCAGUGGAGGCUUUAGUAACAACGCAUCGGUUUGACAAUUGUGUUACUUUUAGCUUUUUAAACAUUUUUUUUAAAUGUCUCAACGUCUUACUUUUGUAAGCUACUCCUGCUUUGGUCUACAUUCACAAAUGGUUUGUAAAACUAAAAAGCAGUUGUUUUUUUUUGUUCUUUAAAAGCACAGCCUCAAAUAAUGUUGAUUUCAAGUAGUUUAUUUGUAUUAUUUUAUUAUGUGCUGUAAGUAGCCAUCUGAAAAUGACAACCUGUAAUAAAAGUGAAGCGUA